AGUCGUACGGCCACAGUCGGCGCAUUUCACGCGAUCCGCGCGCCAUCGCAAAAUUCCCGUCUAGCCCGAGCGGCAUUCGACCGGUAGACCCGAGGCCCCGUCCGUCCGGCCGGCGUCGGGGCAUUGGGUGUCCUCGCGUCGCCUCCACCUCAAGAUUUCGGCCAUGCGGCCCCUCUCGCUGUGCUGCCUGCUGCUGGGCCUACUCGCCUGCGGCAGCCCCUGUCUUGGCCAGACCCAGCCGGAACCAGCCGUGGGCCUCUUCCCACCAGCUGUGCAGAAGGUGAACGUGACCGUCCUGUACGAGCCAUACUGCAAGGACAGCUCGUGGUUCAUCACCAAGCAGCUGUUGCCCGUGUACGGGCUCCUGCGCAAGCACCUGGUCGUCGAGUUGGUGCCGUUCGGACGCACGCGCAUGAAGGAGCCGCAGGGGUCCGACACCACCGUGGCCUUCACCUGCCGCCACGGGCAGGCCGAGUGCCACGCGAGCAUGAUCCACGCGUGCGCCAUCGCCCUGUACCCGGACACGGACAAGCACUUGCCGUUCAUCGCGUGCACGCUCAAGACCUGGAAGCCCGAGAAGAACGUGCAGAAGUGCAGCAGCGAGCACAAGAUGGAGAGCAGCAAGCUCGUCGGCUGCGCCUCGUCGGCGCAGGGCAAGAUCCUCCUGCAGAAGAUGGGCUGGCGCACGUUGUCCGUGCGGCCGCCCAUCAACUACGUGCCCAGCGUGGUCAUUGACGGCGGAUUCAACAAGCGCUACCAGAAGAAGCUGCAGAAGCACUUCAAGGAGACCGUCUGCAAGCACUUCAAGCCGCCCGUACCGGAACCGUGCCAGGUGAAGAAGAGGAAGGGCUGGUUCAGGCGCUGAACACUUCUUCCGACGUCCGCACUCCCUCUCGACAGCCUCACCACCAACUUCCGCGAUUCUCACCCAGCUUCCGAUUGACGCUCAAACUCCGACCGUCUCAAGCAACCGUUGGCCCAAAAGUGGCAGGCGGUGCGUCAUCCCCGCUCCAUCCUCUGUGACCCUUUCGCUCAGACUAGGGCGACAUCGCAAACGGGCCUAAAAAAUUGACCUGCCGUUUUUAAAAACAAGAUUCGUCCCUAUUACCGCCUGCGAGACAGAGCACCGAGGCCUGUCAACCAGCUGCUAAAUUCGGACGCCGCCCUGUCGAAGAGAGAACGGUCGCGCCAUGUAGGAGGAAAGUGAAGUGAAAAAUUCGGCGACGCGAGGACAAUAAAAUUCUUGAUCUGCUUCGUCA